GAAAUCGCGCACGUACCAGGUGGUGGUGGGCGAGUACGACAUGAGCGCGGAGGAGGGGUCCGAGCAGACCAUCCCCGUCAACUCCGACGACAUCUUCGUGCACCCCAAGUGGCUCAGCUUCUGCGCGGCCUGCGGCAACGACAUCGCGCUGCUGAAGCUGCAGCGCCCGGCCGCGCUCUCGGCGGAGGUGCAGCUGGGGCGGCUCCCGCCCGCCGGCUCCGUCCUGCCCGACGGGUACCCCUGUGUCAUCAGCGGCUGGGGCAGGACCAGCACCGGGGGGCCGCUGCCGGACAAGCUGCAGCAGGCGGAGCUGCCGGUGGUGGACCACGAGCACUGCACCCAACUCGACUGGUGGGGGCCCCUGGCCAUCCGCGACACCAUGAUCUGUGCCGGCGGCGCCGAGAAGUCCGGAUGCAAUGGCGACUCGGGGGGCCCCCUGAACUGCCAGGCUGAGGAUGGCACGUGGGAGGUCCAUGGCAUCGCCAGCUUCGUGUCUUCCCUGGGCUGCAACGCCGAGAAAAAGCCCACGGUGUUCACCCGAGUGUCCGCCUUCGAGGACUGGAUCGCACAGACCAUAAGUGACAACUGAGCGUGGCAGCGUCAUCGUCACUGACCCCCCGACCUGGCACCGGGCAAAUAAACCACAACCAUUACACCC